UAGUUCUUUCCUCAAAAAAUAACAUAUUAGUUGUACUUUUUCUGGAUCCUUCCUUCCUUAAAAAACAGUUUCUGCAAAAACAUAACAUCACCAUAGGUGUUUGUUCUGGAUCCAUCCAACGUUGUUCAAUGAGUAUGUCUGAAAGCGAAGAACACGUAGAAUACACCGACAUCGAACCUUCUGCAGCGGCUAGAAAACGGUUGAGGGAUAGGUCCAAGGAGGUAUUGUCUAAACAAGCUGUUAAGAUCGCUAAACGUGCUGAAGAACAUGAAAGUUUCAUCAACAAGGUUACUCAUUUACUGAAUGUUCUUGGCUUUGGUGGGUUUUGUUUCAUCUUAGGGGCAAGACCACAAGAUGUUCCUUUAGUGUAUUGUUUGUUCUACUUUGUGUUUGUUCCUCUUCGUUGGAUAUACUAUAGAUUCAAGAAAUGGCAUUACUAUCUCCUGGAUUUUUGCUACUAUGCCAAUACAAUCUUUUUGGUUUACCUUCUUUUUUAUCCGAAGAAUGAGAAGCUUUUUCUGGUUUGCUUUUCAUUUGCUGAGGGUCCGUUAGCAUGGGCUUUGAUUGUUUGGCGUUGCAGUUUGGUGUUCAGUUCGCUUGACAAAAUCGUUAGUGUUCUUAUCCAUCUUUUACCAGGAUUGGUUUUCUUUACCAUUCGAUGGUGGAAUCCUGAGACCUUAGAAGCUAUGCGACCAGAGGGAGCUGCUGCAAGAGUUACAUGGCCUUAUAUUGAAGAUAAAUCCUAUCUAUGUACAUGGCUGUUUCUGGUUCCCUUAGUAGUUUACACCUUGUGGCAGGUUCUAUACUACCUCAUUGUCAAUGUCUUACGCCGACAACGGUUUUUAAGAGAUCCCGAAGUCAUGACUUCCUAUAGGGAACUGUCUAAAAAAGCUCAGAAAGCAAAUAACAUGUGGUGGCGCUUAAGUGGCUUGCUCGGGGACCAAAACCGCUUGUUAAUGUUCAUUCUUCUGCAAGGAAUGUUUACGGUGGCAACGAUGGCGCUGACUGUUCCGAUAUUUUUGUCCUAUAAAUUGUCGGUGGUUUUUCAAAUACUGAAGGUUUCUGCAUCAGUGUGGAAUGGAGCAAGCUUUCUGUUAGAGGUUAUGCCUAGGCAGGUUAUUCUCAAGGAGAAAAAGAAAUCAGAGAUGCUAACUGUUCCAAUACUAAAUGAUCAAUCAUAGAUGAAGAUAGAGUCAAAAUGAUAGGAAGUUCAAGAAAUAUGUUGUGAUAGAUGGAUGUUUCCGAGUCCCAACAUGGAUUAAUUUCCGUAGUAUGACCGGACUAAUCAUACUUCCGUGUAUGUUAAGCGAAAUCACAAUGUGACACUGUGAUUUCAACAAAGUUACACUAAGGAGCUUGAAUAAAAUUACGGUAUCACCGAAGUUUUGUCAAGCUCACCGUUGUUCCAAACGUGCACCUAGUUUUACUAGUCGAGGUUGUAGUUUUAUAAUGGUUUUGAAUGGGAUAAAUCAAUGUAUAUUCUCAGUUUUUCUUCUUGCAUUCCACAUUCAUUUAUACUAAUGACUACUAUAUAUAACAA